CAUUCUCCAUCGACCAUGUCAUCCCUGAUAGCUGGUGCACUAUCUCGUUUGAUUGUACUACGGCCGCAGAGACUCCUGAAUUCGUCGUUCUUGAGAAGAUGGGCCUCGACCGAACAAUCUCCCGAACCAGCUCGCCCGUACACUCCCACUUGUACUCGCGCAAUCGGUCCUAAUGGCGGUAUCCUACUUUCACCAACAGCGGUCAAGAACCUGUUCAAUUACCCUGAGUUCAAACAUCAGAAACGAGCGACUCUACCUUAUAAGAAAUGGAGAUUGCAACGACAGCGUCGACUCAAAGAUAACAAAAACAAAGUUUGAUUCGAUCCUGGCGUCUCAUCUCCUUCCCGUCGGGUAUCUCAACAAAGAUGCUUCUAAUCUUCACCGCUGGGUAUCUUAACACAGAUAGUGAAAACAAAAGCGUACAUGUCGGUUACUUUUGUCGGGCUGCCAUCAACAUCCUUUACAUCGCAACUAUCUCAAUCUCGACUAGAUACUCCGGCCUUCUUUCCAAAGCAUAAUAAAUCGAUUCUCCGAGUUCUUGCCAGCCACCUUCAACCCGUGAUCAGCAGAACAUAUCCUCCACAAAAACCAACCAUUUCCUCCAAAGAAUAUACAUACAACUAUUAAGAUUAAAUCAUCCAAUUGUGUCAAAAUCAGCUACGGCCUCAACCGGGCCUAAAGUCUUAUGAAGUUCUAGAUCCUUGCCCGCAAAUUCUUGAUUGAAAUUUUGGCGGACCUGUCUUCCAUCUGUUUUUCCUGCUAUGUGUCGUUCGUCCUUGAGGAGUUCAAUGAGUGUGGCAGCAUGGGAUAUAAUACGUUCUGAUUGGUUACCUAUUUACGUUGAUUGCUGUUGAGUGCAUACACUGCAUGCUACCCCAUGAGACAGAUGAUGUGGAAACUCCAAGAUUGUGUUUUUUUUUUUUUUUUUUUUUCGAUUUAGCUACAUUAGCCUAGUGUCUUCAGUGUGAGAUUGAACUCUCUGC